ACAGUGUACGGCAAUCACUGGAAAAGAAGUUUGGGGAUACUAUUCCAAUCGCCCCCUCGGACGAAUUCCAGUCACGUAUUGCCGGAGCCUCGGAACGUGAUAUCGUGCAUUCUGGUCUUGAGUACACCAUGGAGCGUUCAGCCAAGCGCAUCAUGAAUAUCGCUGAAAGGUACAAUUUGGGCUAUGAUCUCCGGACAGCAGCGUACGCCAGUGCUAUUGAGAAGAUUUUCAACGUUUACCUGGAUGCCGGUGUACUCUUCUGCUAG